GAUCGGAGAAGCAACAGGUUGUCCGCAGCGGGUAUUAUUAUCGAGAGCUUCAAGCUAGCUUCCACAUCAGCAACAACAUAUGCUCAUAUAAAAGAGAGGCUCUGUUAGCUUCUCUGUCGAUUGAUGCUUCUCUUUUGAAGAUGCAUCUUUCUUCUUGUCUGUCAUUGAUUUCACGGUUAUGCAUAUACGUCCUUGGGCUCAGCGCAAGUGAAGUGCUAGCAACAGGCGAUGCUUCCGUAUUGAUUAAUGAGGUUUCGAAAGCCAACAACCAGUCCUUGCUAUGGGGUCCAUACAAGUCGAAUCUGUACUUCGGGGUCCAUCCCCGGAUUCCCAAGAGCCUCGUGUCUGGGUUGAUGUGGGCAAAGGUUGACAAUUACGCGACCGCGCAGGACAACUUUAGGCAUACAUGUGAGCAACAUUCAGGGAUGGCAGGUUAUGGAUGGGACGAAUACGAUAUCCGGAAAGGUGGCAGACAGACGAUACAUGAUGCGGGGAAUACUAUAGACAUAACAAUCGAUUUUAUCAAAGUCCCCGGUGGGACACACGGAGGCAGUUGGGCAGCUCGAGUCAAGGGAGUGCCGCGAGAGGACGCCCCUGAUGCGCAGCUCACAACGAUGGUAUUCUACACUGGUUUGGAGGGUCUAGGCUCCUUAGAGGUUGCCAACGAGCCUGACCCUCUUGGCUUCGAAGGCGACGUCAAAAUAAAUGGGAUGACUCCGGAUUUGGGAGACUUCACAAUUGAUAUAACGGCUGGACCGGACAGCAAUGAGCAUCCUUACCAUAGCCACCCAAGCUAUGAACAGAAGCCUCUCGACCGAACGAUGGUUGCAAGUCUGUUCAUGCCUCAAGAGUUCCUUUGGCAGACUAAGAUAAUUCUCUUUACCCAUAUGAAGACUGAAGUCGACGCAUACUUCAAGACCUAUGGCACAGACAACCCCCCGCCGCCUCCUCAGGUCUUCACCAUAGCCAAUGCGCCGAAGGAAGGCAAUAUUCAUCUGGUGCAGAAAGUGUUCCAGGGAGCCUUUGAGUUCGAUAUUCUUUUCUCUUCAGGCUCUGCCCCUGAGCCAGUGACAUCUGAAACUCUUACGAAGGCAAUCGACAGCACAUCACUUUCGUUCUCUGACAGAUUUGACAAGAUAUUUUCUCCUAAAGCUCCCUUUGACUCACCAGAGUACACUGAGUUCUCCAAAUCCAUGUUGUCGAAUUUGGUUGGAGGUAUUGGCUACUUCUAUGGUGGUGGCCUCGUCGAUCGCUCUGCUGCACCCGAGUACGAUGAAGAAAAUGAAGGAUUUUGGGAAGAAGCAGCUGAAGCAAGGGCACGCGCGCAGCUUAUAGACGAAGAGCCAAGGGAGCUUUUCACAUGCGUACCUUCUCGGCCGUUUUUCCCUCGUGGAUUCCUCUGGGAUGAAGGUUUCCAUCUCUUACCGGUGAUUGACUGGGAUACGGAUCUUGCGCUUGAAAUCGUUAGAAGCUGGUUUAAUCAGAUGGACGAAGACGGAUGGAUCGCUCGCGAGCAAAUCCUGGGCUUGGAGGCUCGUAGUAAAGUGCCUCCAGAAUUCCAAGUCCAGUAUCCUCACUAUGCCAACCCGCCAACUUUGUUCCUCAUCCUGGAAACUUUCGUCGAUAAAUUGAAGUCCAAUGAGUCUACCCCGCGUGGUGAGCUUGACCGUGAUGAUUUGGCCGAUAGUCUCCGUUCAGCUCAUUUGGAACAUCCCGAGCUGGCGGAUAGUUACCUCCGUUCUAUCUACCCGUUGCUCAAGAGGCAUUAUUUCUGGUUCAGAAAAACUCAAUGGGGAGACAUCAAAUCAUACGACCGCCAGGCGUACUCGAUGAAAGAAGGGUACCGUUGGCGUGGACGUACUCCGCAGCAUAUUCUAACUUCAGGCCUUGACGACUAUCCUAGACCUCAGCCACCACACCCCGGCGAGCUGCACGCGGACUUGAUAAGCUGGAUGGGCAUGAUGUCUCGGUCCAUCCGUCGUAUCGCAGAAGCAAUUGGUGAAACAGAAGAUGCGGAGGAAUUCCAGGAGUAUGAGACAGCUAUCACGCGAAAUAUUGAUGAUCUGCAUUGGGACGAAGAGGCGCAAACAUACUGUGAUGCUACCAUCGAUGACUAUGAGGAAAGUGUCCAUGUAUGCCACAAGGGAUACAUCUCUAUUUCCCCAUUCCUUACCGGAAUGAUCGGUCCCGACAGUCCUCGACUGAAGCCGAUCCUGGAUCUGAUCAGUGACCCGCGCGAGCUCUGGAGCGACUACGGUAUUCGAAGCUUGAGCAAGAAGGAUAAGUUUUAUGGCACCGAAGAGAACUAUUGGAGGAGUCCUGUGUGGAUCAAUAUGAACUACAUGGCGUUGAAGAGUCUCUAUGACGUUGCUACCGUCCCUGGGCCGCAUCAGGCACAGGCCAGACAUAUUUAUUCCGACCUUCGGAAGAACCUGGUCGAGAACGUCUAUAGGGAAUGGAAGGAGACGGGAUUUGCCUGGGAGCAGUACAAUCCCGAGACAGGAGCCGGCCAGCGAACCCAGCAUUUCACCGGCUGGACGAGUUUGGUGGUUAAGAUGAUGGUUAUGCCUGAUUUAUCCGCGAGCACCGGAACCGCGCAUGACGAACUGUAAAGUGUACCAUAUAAUCAUCGAGGUGUAGGAAAACAAUAGAUAUUACCAGCCAAUCUAUGUUAUAAACAGGAC